AUGGUAGGUACGUUGGUUGAGCAGAAGAAGGUUGUAGAGGCAAAUAGUUUGAUGUGUAUGGAAAUACAUCCGAAUAAUGAUAAAGUGAAGGCAGUGAUUAAGAAGGUUGUUGACAUCUUUAAUGGGACUACACUGAAAGCCUUAAUUGCAGAAGGGCAUGAAGAUAGAAUGGAGGUUGAUGGUACAAGUGUGAAGGCAACAGAAGGAGGACAAACAGAUGAGGAUAUGAACCAACUGAUUACUAAGUUGACAAAUAAGAUGGGGGGGAAUUUACUUAGUGGACAAAAAGUUAAUUCUGAAUCAAAUGUGGAUGCCUCUUCUCAUGGAAUGGAAGGAAUGUCACCGACUAUAGGAAUGGAAGUUGUAAUGUACAAUGGGAAUUCUACUUUUGAUUCUCCUUGUAUAUUGACACAUGGUUGGAUAAAGCAAGCUGAUAAAAUUGAAAGGAACAACUCUAAAAAGAGUAGUAUGUUAAAAAAUGAUUGUCCAUCGUUUGAAGCUAGACUUAAUCAAUGCGCAGAUGAGAUGAAUACUACAAAAGGGAAUGACGGUAAAGAUGAUGCAAUUGUUGAAAAGGAAGUUGAGCAAAAAGAAAUACUGGUUGCACAAGCAAUUAUUGGAUUAGGAAUGGAUAAAAGGGAGCUCGUAUGGGAAUCAAAAGAAGGGUUUGGAAUGCAUCUACAAUAUGCCAGAACUCUUGCAGCAAAAUUGAAUAUUCAUUCAAAUGUAAUCGACUGUUGGAGUGUUGUACUAAACAAAUUGGAAGAGAGUAAGGCAGAUUCGUCAUAUUCUAGACUUUUUUUUUACAAUAGCACACUGCGUGAAUCAAUGUAUGACGUGAAGGUAAACGAAGAUGUGAGAUACAAGGAGUUUGAAGUUAUGGUCUCCUCAGCAAUUGAAGAUCUUACAAAUGAUUCUGAGCUAAAAAUGUGGAUUUGUUUUUCACUUUUGAUAAUUAAUCAAAGAAGAUUGGUGGGGACAGUUGAGUCGAUGUAUGGGAACAUACCCCGUGUGUUGCAAAAAAUUUUCUGCCAUUUUCUAGAUGAUAUCUGUAAGAAGAGGGUGAAGACCCUGAUGACAAGGAAUGUGGUGGUGUUGAAAAUGAAGUGUCAAGCAUACAACCGUUCAGAUGAUGGUGGAAUCUAUCUUAUGCAACAUAUGGAGAGUUUUAUGGGGGAUCAAACAUCAAAGUGGGAUUGUGGGCUAGCUGUGGAUUUAAAAACACAAGAUAUGUAUUUACAAAAGUUAAGGUACAAGUAUUUGGUGAGGUUGUUGUUGUCUGAUCAUAAUAUUUUGAAGUGUGAGUUUGAAAAGGAGUACGCAAAGUUUGUUAAAAUGGAUAAGGCGACAAGGAAGAGAAUAGUUCAGGAGAAUCUAAAAGUAGUCUUUGAUGAAGCAAUUGGUUAA